UUUUAUUAAAAUACGUUUUGUUCUAUCCAUGUUGUGUGUAGAAAUUGUUGCUGAUAUAGGUUUUUUUCAAUCGCGUUUAUUUUUAUGGACGAACCCUGCAAUUCGUCCUUGACGAUUGAAUUUAAUUCAGUUUAACACAUGAAAGUUACCUUGUAGAAAAUCACUGUCAUAAACUUUAGAUCCAAUUCAUAUUGCUGAUUGAAAUGGCUAUUUUUUCCUAAAUAAAAUAGAGUAUUCCGUUGAGUUCGAAAGGACUUUUUUUGGAUUCAAGCAAGUAUCUACUAUUAAUAGUCUCAAAACUCUGUACUAUAUAAUAAUAAUAGUAGACUAACCAUAUGUCAUUAAACACCAGAUAUAUUUUUGAAAUCAAAUCGAAUCAAUCUUACCUGUGUUAAUCACUGAUAAAAAUUAAAUUAGAAGUAGUAAUCAAAUUCAUAAGAACUCAAAUGUAGAAUAAUAUCAAAAUUCAUACUUCUCCUUCCAAUACAGAAUAUGUAGCAGUCUUGGCCAGUGAACUACUUUGAUAUAUAUAUUAAAUUGAUCAUUGUCAAAGAUAAUUUCUUGUCAAAUGAUGAAAUGAAAUAUACUAUUAAUAUAAAAAUAAAAAUAAAUUCGAAAAAUGAAGAUAUAUCAAAACAAUAUUUUCACAUUUUCUUCUAUUGUUAUUGCAAAUUUCAGCUUAUGUAUACCUAUGUGAUUCAAAUUGGACUUUAAAAAAAAGUAACAAAUAGAUAAAUCAAAUUAUUUAUUGAAUUGAAAGAACAAGAUCCGUUCGUGGAUGGGUACUUCAACUUCUUUUAACAUAAGCUUUCACAAGUAAAACUCUGGUUAAUCAAUUUCAAAGCGCUAGAUCGAUUACUACUAUCUUGGGCAUAUAGUUAACACUGUUUCAGUUUAGUAACACCCAUGCCACUGAAUACAGUUAAUAGUGUAUGCAGUUACAUGUAUCGAUGAGGAAUGUCAUUGAACUGAAUAUAAAUGUUCUACUUUUAUUUAUUAAAUAAAUGAAAUUUUCGAAACGUUCGCAUACUAAAUAUUUCUGAUUGUUAUCGAUUGCGAGGUGCAGAACCUAUGUAAGAAAAUAGUACUAUUUAAUUCUGAUUUUUCAGCAUUAAAGAUAGAUUUUAAUUGAUUAAUAUAUAGUUGUCUGAAUUAAAACUAUUCUUUAAAAAUUGAUUAACAACAAGUAAAAUAAGAUUUUUUUUUUCCAUUUUCUUACGUCAAAAAUCUUACUUACCAAAAGAAAUGAGAGCUUGAAUUGGGCAGUUCAUUCCGAGUCCUAAUUUCAUACUUAAUAAAGAAUUUCUUUAAAAAAUAUUUCUUAUUUAUUAGAUUUAUCUUCAUGUUGCUGAUUCAAAUGAUAAUGAUGGAGUAUUUGAUAUGGAUAUAUACGAAAAAAACUUCACUGAACCUCUUGAACUUCAACAAUCAUUAAUAGAUUUUCAUGCUAGUGAUGCUGAUGAAAUUCAAUAUGCACAAAUUCUUUAUGAAUUAUCAUCAACAUUUAAUGAUACAUUUUCACUUCAUCCAUAUACAGGAGAAUUAUAUUUAAUAUCUAAUAAUAAUUUAAAAUCAAUUUAUGAAUUUGAUAUUUAUGUAUAUGAUCGUCAUCGAAAUUAUUUUCUUAAUAAUAAUAUAAAAAC